CAAUGAGUGAUGGUGGCCUUCAUAUUAAUUUCAUAAUAUAUUUCAUGAGGUCCCAAACAUUUUCCCUGCAUAAGGACACACUAAUCUUGGGCCGGACCUGAUUAUCAUUAAUAUUCAUCAUUUCAAUCACAGACAGACUAGGUUAUCUCUCAGUGAGAGGCAUGAGUUUUGUGAUACUUGCUUUCAUCAGUGUCCUUAUCAAAUGCCCAAUAAUGGCACUUCCAACAUGUUUACCUUUGGAGUCAAAAGCUUUAUAUGUACCUUCUUUGACGUCGUUAGCAGAAACCCUGAAUGAAGGUUUGAAAUCAAAUUUUGCAGAAGUGUCUGUGGAAGUGGUUGAAUGUCCAGAUUUAACUCAGGAGCCUUUUACACUGGCCAGCAAAGGUCUGGGGGGUAACCCAAAAAUAAUCGAAUUAGGAGGCAAUCCGUAUCUCCUCCCACUGGUACACAAGGAAAAAGUAUAUGAUCUGAAGAAUAUAGCUAAGCUAGUAGGUUCUGAUCCUGCUUUCAUUAUUGGAGCAGGUGCAGGACCGAACCCUUACAUUGGUGUCAACUGUGAGGGCAUUUAUAACUUGAAUAUCUCAAAUGGAACGGUGAAUCAACUAUCUAGAAUCUCCAAAAUUGAUAAGAAUGAUGAUAAGUCGGAACAAAUUACACUGCCAAAUACAGAGACGCGUGCGGCUCUCAUGGCGAAUUUAUUAAUUACAGAAGGAAAACCGGGACCGGUGAUAAAAGUUCACGUCAAGAGACGUAUUGGAGAAGACAAUUUCAUAACGACUAUCAGGAAAGCUAUAGAAAAGAAAUAUCAGGAUAAAAAUGUUGGAAUGGGUGGCGUGUUCGUACUGAAGGAGGGGAAGGCCAAACAGCACGUUAUGAGAGAUUUUUCAAAAACUCCUAUCGAAAAUGAGGAACAACUCAAUAACUGGCUGAAGUUUUAUAACAUGUCUGCACCCCUCAUUGCAGUUGGCACAUUAGUGAAUGCAGAUAUGGAUUUGGAUUUGAGGGUUCAACAUUUCCAUAGCUUCAGCCACCAUGGAGAGGCUGGACACUAUCAUUAUGAUACAACACCUGAAACUGCCGAAUAUUUGGGGUAUUUCACUUUGGGAGAAAAUAUUUAUAGAAUUGAUAGACCAAUAAAUACUCACAGUUGGGGAAGGGACUAAGAGCAAUGUAAUGAAUUUCUAUUUUGUAUGGUGGAUGGUUCAUUAAGUUUUAUACAACACAAUAUAUUCUAUUGAAUAUU